AUGUUUAAUUACAAAUAUCUCAGCAAUGAGCAUUUAGAGGGAUUUGAUAAUUACAAGUAUAUGGCAAAGGACACAAGUCCCCUCAGUGUCUAUGUUAUGCACCCAUUUUGGAACAAAGUUGUAGAGUUCGUACCGCGCUGGGUUGCUCCAAACGUCCUCACAUUUGCCGGCUUCCUCCUGACCGUGUUCGACUUCGUGCUACUCUCGUACUACGACUAUGACUACACGGCUGCGAGCGCCGCUGUGCGGAACGUGACCAUCGCCGACCAGCCCCUGAACGGUCACCCUGAGGUCAUACCGCAGCGGCUGUGGUACUUGCUGGCUGCGUUCCUGUUUCUCGCGUAUACUUUAGAUGGUAUCGAUGGCAAACAAGCGCGGAGGACGCAGACCUCCGGCCCGCUCGGGGAGCUCUUCGACCAUGGGCUGGACUCCUAUUCGGUGUUCUUCAUACCGGCCUGUCUUUACUCCAUCUUCGGACGUUGGGAUUUCUCCAUAUCGCCUAUAAGAAUUUAUUACGUGAUGUGGAAUUUACUUCUCAACUUCUAUCUGAGCCACUGGGAGAAGUACAACACUGGUGUUCUCUUUCUGCCUUGGGGAUACGAUUUUAGCAUGUGGGCUUCAACGUUCCUCUUCCUUUGGACAGGGGUACAUGGCACGGGGUAUUUCAAGCGGUAUAUAUUUGGUAGCUACACGCUUGCAAACGGGUUUGAAUGGCUGAUCUACGCGACGGGCGUUUUCACCAAUCUACCAGUGGCCUUAUACAAUACUUACUUAUCGUACAAGUUGAGGACCGGUAAAAUGCGUUCGUUUAGUGAAGCAGUACGACCGCUGUGGUCUAUCUUGACAGUGUUCUUAGUAACAACCUUUUGGGUUCACAAGUCUACGCUACUGCCUGAUUAUGAUCUCCGAGCUGUAUUCCUUCUCAUCGGAACUAUAUUCAGUAAUGUUGCUUGUCGACUGAUAGUGAGCCAAAUGAGCAACCAGCGCUGUGAGGCGGUCAACUGGCUGACCUGGCCGUUGUCUAUGGCCGCACUGUUGUCUCUGGUCGCGCCAAGCUACGAGUUGCCAGCUUUCUACGCGCUCACUGUAUUCAGUGUUGCAGCCCAUGUGCAUUACGGUGCUUGUGUUGUACGACAAAUGUGCAAUCACUUCAGAAUAAACUGUUUCCAUAUAAAACAACGUUCAGAUUGA